GGGCGGGGCAGCAGGCGGGUUCGUGAGGUGGGACGGCGGUGUGUCGUUUCCUCGCCAGCAGGGUGUUUGUAAGUUGGUAAGCAGGAUGGUGGUGGUAGUGUGUUUCUUGGAGGCGAAUGCGGAGCAGAUGAUAAUAGGAUGUUAGAGCACCUGAAGAAGGUGCUUAGGGCGCUGGGGGUACAGGAUGUUGAUGACAUCCAUUGUCACUUGUGGUUAGGUCUACUUGCUUAUUGGCUGUUGCGUUGUAGUUGGGCGUUGAUAGGGCGCAGGGGGGCGGGCCAGGAACUGUUUGCAGAGGUGUUUCAUAACUGUAGGGCCGCCGCUGCGGUAGUACCGGUAUGUGAGCGGGUUGGGCUUGCCGGUGGCCGGUGUGGGUCACGACAGCGGCUAAAUGAGACAUGAAGACCGGAUUGGCGGAGCUGUUGCGUUGCUGAUACUGCUACAGCAACGCAUUCGGCAGAUCAGCACACAUGGUUCCGUCAAGACCCCGAAAGAUCGUUGAGCUAAGAUACAUGUGGCGGAGAGUUCCCUGGUGGUUAGGUACGGGAACACUCCCAUGGCCGCCGUACAGGGCCCUACACAGCUGUCAUGAGAGCAUGAAGUCUACUCCAUUUGGAGGGUUAACUGCAAGGGAUGUGAUACUAACUGUUUUGAAGUACACGUGCGGAGAGUUGGCUGAACGGGGAAAUAAGUGCCCGUUGCAGACUUGCAGAUCACUUGCAGACACCAUCCCACUCUGUCGUACCAGCCGAAAAGCCAUUUCCUGCUCUCUUACACUGAUUAUAGUUUUGGUCUUCCUUGCACCUUGCUGUGCUGUGUACUGUUUAACCAGAAGGCCGUCACCAAGUUUAUUUGAAAAACCUUGCUCAUCCCCCAGUCGCCUGUAAAGUCGGAGACAUGAAAACAGUUUAAGUGCAUUUUCAUAAGUGUGAUUUAUAGGAAACUAUGUCGCAGAAGACGAAGGAGCUAAAGAGCCUUGGCGCGGAUGUGCUCGCUAAGUUUAAGAGUAAACGUGCAACGCACAAAGCUAUCAACUCUCCUGCGACUACACCGAGGUCUAUUACGCCUGCGGAGUUGCUGACUACUCAGCAGAGUAAUGGUGACACGGCUCGGACACCUAUACAAGCGGGCAGCGCUGCUAAGGCGGUUUCAGCCCACCCGCUGGGCCCCUCCGACCUCUUUUCCUCCGUCAGCUUCACCUCAGCCUCCUCACCCGCGGACUCUACCCCUGCGGCUGCACCGGCGCCCACCCCGCCAGCGGAGCCCAGCCCUGCUCGUACCCCUUCAGCUGAGCCGCUGCCCGGCCCGCUGCACACGGCUCUGCUGGACAGCGAAUCCAGCAGCGCACCUGCCGAGGAUGGCUUCUUAGUUGUCCCCACGCCUAUCGAAAAUGCAGAAGCAAUCUCGCAGUCGGAGUCGCAGCCGCAAGCCCAAGAAGAUGUACUGGCACCGGCAGCAACCCCUGAGCCCGAGGGACCAGCAGCAGUCCCAGAGCCAGACGAGCCAAGCCUUGAGGCUCCCCAGUCACCACCAGCCCCCGGCAUCAUCCCAGCCACCACCACCCCUAGUCCUGACACCACCCCAGCAGAGGAACCACCCUCACCGCCCCUACCUCCCGCCAACUUGGAGGCAGACGCCUCCGCCACAGCUGCCGAUGCGGCGGCCGCUGUUGCCCAUGCGGCUGCUGACGAUGCGGUUGCCGCUGCCGCUGCUGCCGCUGCGGCCCUGUCAGAGCGCGAAGCCCAGCUGCUGGCUCUGGCGGCGGAGGUGGAACGGCUGCGGGCGGAGGUGGCGGAGGUGGGCGCCAGCAAGGCGGAGCUGGCGGACCACGUGGCGGUGCUGUCCAGCGAGCGGGCGGCGCUGGAGGCGCAGGUGGGGCAGCUGCGGGAGGAGCUGGAGGCGCGUAGGGCGGAGCAGGCGGGAGCGGAGGAGGAGGCGCGGGUGCGGGCGCAGGAGGCGGCGCGAGCUGCUGCUGCGGAGCUGGCUGCGGAGGUGGAGGAGCUGCGGGAGUUGCAGCGGAAGACGAAGGAGGAGCUGGCUCACUGGGAGGCGCUGCACUCGGAGCUGCGCUCGCAGCUAGCCGCCAAGGACCUCGAGCUGGAGGCGGCGCAGGCGGCCGCGAGGGAGCUGCAGCAGCUCCGGCAGCAGCUGGGAGGGGAGGACGUGGGGACCCUGGUGGCGAGGGCGCAGCAGGCAUCUGUGCUGGAGGCCAAGUACGAGAAACUGAAGGAGGAGGGGAAGGUGCGGUUCGACAAGCUCAAGGAGCAGAGCAACCACCGCAAGGUCGAGCUGGCGGAAGCCAGGCAGCAGCUAUCGGCGCUGGCCCAGGAGAAGGCCUCCCUGGAGUCUCAGCUGCAGGCGGGAGCGACAGGCGCAGAUGCCGCCACCGCACAGCUGGCAGAGAUGGCCGCAGCGCAGCAGCGGCUGCAGCAGCAGCUUGACGACAUGGCUGCGGAGCGCGGCCAGCUGCACUCCGCAGCGGAGCGGCUUCCGGAGCUGGAGACGCGGCUCGCGGAGCUGCAGGGGGCACUGGCGGCGGCACAGGCGGCCGCCGCAGCGGAGGCGGAGCGGCGGGAGGCGCUGGAGGCCGCCGCGGCGGAGGCGGAGGCACGCAGGGCGGAGGAGAGCGCCGCAGCGGAGAGUCGUAGUCGUGAACUUGCGGCGGAGCUGCAGCGGGUUCGCAGCGCCGCGGAUGCCGCUGACGCGCGGGUGGCGGAGCUGGCCCCGCUGGAGGCGGAGUGCGGCCGCCUGCGGGAGAGCGCGAUGGAGCUGGAGGGCCGGUUGGCCGCGCAGACGGAAGAGGUGCAACGGCUGGUGGAGGAGUGCGAGGCGCGGCGUGGCGAGCUGGCGGCGGGCGCUCAGGCUGCAGCAGCUCUUGAGGCCCAGCUCGCAGAGGCGCGCGCACAGCUGGCAGCAGACGCCGGGGCGGCAGCCACCCUGGAGACUCAGCUUGCUGAGGCGCGUGCAGAGCUGGCGGCGCGGCCUGACGCCGCUGCCGUCGCGGCGGCUGAAGCCGAGGCGCGUGAGCAGCACGAGGCGGCACUGGCGGCCGUCCGGGGCCGUGUGGCGGAGCUGGAGUCGGACCUGCAGCGCAUAGGUGAGGAGCUGGCGCGGGAGCGCUCGCAGCUGAGCAAGGGGAAGGCGGCGUUCAAGAAGGCCAAGGAGGACAACCAGCGGCUGAAGGAGGAGCUGGCCAAGGCACGGGAGGAUCUGACGGCUGCGACAACGGACGGCGCCGCAGUGGCUGCUACGGAGGAGCGUGCGGCGGCGGCUGAGGCGGCGGUGGCGGAGGUUAGGGAGGCGGCGGCGCGGUUGGAGGCCGAGGCGGCGGCGCUGAGGCGGCAGUUGGAGGCUGCCGAGUCCGCUGCUGCGGAGCUCCGCGCGCAGAACGCCGUUCUGAGCUCCGACAACGAGCAGCUGCAGCAGCAGUACAGCGAGCAGAUGGACGCGCAGGACCAGAUGGAGGCCAAGCUGGUGCAGCAGGCCGCGGCGCUGGAGGCACUGCGCGCCCAGCUGCAGGAGCAGGGGCAGGCGCUGGCAGCGGCGGAGACCCGGGCUGCGGAGGCCGAGGCGGCUCUGGCUGCGGCUGAGUCGCGUGCAGCAGAGGCCGCCGCCGCUUCUGAGGCGCGCGCAGCAGAGGCCGCCGCCGCUUCUGAGGCGCGCGGCUCGGAGCUGGCUGAGGUGCAGGCGGCUCUGCAGGAGGCUCGCACCGCGUACCAGCUGGCGUCGGAGCAGCUGACGAAGGAGCAGGCGGAGAGGGAGGAGGCCAGGGCGGAGGCGGCGGAGCUGCAGCAGGCGCUGUCGGAGGCUGAGGCGCAUGCGGGCGAGCUCCGGGCUGCUGUGUCCGCUCGUGACACGGUGGUGGAGACGUUGAGGGAGGAGGUGGCGGCGGCGGGAGAGCAGCUGGAGUCCGUACGACAAGAGUUGACGGAGGCGCGUGAAGCGGUGGAGCGGGAGCGUGUGGCCCACGAGGAUAGGGCUGCGGUGUUGGAGGCGCAGCUAGCGGAGGCCAAGAGCGCGGCGGAAGCUGCGGUGGCGGAGCUAGCGGAGGCGCGGAGUGCCGCCGCGGCGGAGCUGGCGGAGGCAAGGGAGGCUGCUGAGGCAGCAGAGUCGCAGCUGGCGGAGGCGCGUGGGGCACAUCAGGAGACGGCGGGGCUGCAGGCGCGUGUCAGCGAGUUGGAGGCCAAGAUAGCGGAGCAGACCAGCCGCAUGGCCGCUGCUAAGUCGCAGUUCGGCAAGAUGAAGGAGGAGAAGGCGCGGCUGAAGGAGCGGGUGACAGAGCUGGAGGGCCAGGCGGAGACGGUGGCGGCGGACAAGGCGGCGCUGGAGGCGAGGCUGGCGGAGGUCCAGGCCGCCCUGGACGCCGCCUCCGAGGCCGCUGCGCAGGUGGAGCAGCUGCAGGAGCGCUGCGCCGACCUCAUGGCGGAGGCGGAUGUCCUGCGUGGCCGCAGCGAGGAGGCGCAGGCCGCCGCGGAGGCCGCCAAGCAGCGCGCAGCUGCCGCGGAGGCUGACCUGCAGCGGGCCGAGGAGGCGCGGGCGGCGCUGCAGUCUGAGCUGGCGGAGGCACAGGAGGCCCGGCAGGCCGCCAAGGAGGCGCGGGGGGCUGCAGCUGCUGAGGUGGAGAGUCUCACGGAGCGGCUAGAGUCGACCCGGGAGCAGGUGGCGGCAUUGAGGGAGGCAGUUGAGGACCAGCAGGAGGAGAUCGGCCAGCUCAGGCGGAAGAUGGAGCAGGAGAAGGAGGCUGCGGUGGAGGAGGCGCAGGCAUUGCGGCGCGAGGUGGAGGAGGCGCAGGCGGAGGUGCGGAAGCGGGCGGAAGAGGCGGCCGAGGCAUUGCAGCGGGCAGAGGAGAAGCGUGUGGAGGCUGAAGGGCUGCAGGCUCAGCUGCUGCGCCUGCAGGAGGCAGGCGGGGAGCAGGUGCAGGUCCUGCAGCAGCAGCUGGAGCAGGCGCGGCAGGAGGCCGAGUCGGCUCUGGCUGCGGCUGAGGCGCGCGCAGCAGAGGCCGCGGCUGCUUCUGAGGCUCGUGGCUCGGAGCUGGCUGAGGUGCAGGCGGCCCUGCAGGAGGCGCGCACCGCGUACCAGCUGGCGUCGGAGCAGCUGACGAAGGAGCAGGCGGAGAGGGAGGAGGCCAGGGCGGAGGCGGCGGAGCUGCGGCGCCAGCUGGAUGACGCAGCCCAGGCAGCGGAGGCGCUGCAGCGGCAAGCAGUCGCAGCUGGCGAGGAGGCCCACGCUGAGGCUGAGCGGCUGCAGCAGCAGGUGGAUGAGCUGCGCCAGGUGCUGGCGGCGAGGGACGAGCAACUGGAGCGGGUGGCGGCAGCGGCGGCCUCCGCUGCCGCCGCGGAGGCUGAGGCGGCGGAGCUGCGGUCUGCGCUGGCGGAGUCGCAGCAGCGGUGUGCUGUGUUGGAGCAGGAGCGGCAGGCGGCCCGGGCAGGAGCGGAUGUGGGCGGGGAGGCGAACGCAGAUGCGGCUGUUCCGGCGCCAGAGCAAGCGGAGGAACUGGAGCGGCGCAUGCUUGCGGCAGAGGAGCGCGCCGCAGCCCACGCGGCUGAGGUGGAGCGCCUGAAAGCGGAGCUGGCUGAGACACGCAACAGCGCGCAGAGGGACGAAGCGCCAUCGCUGGCUGAUGCCUUCAGUGGUGCUGAUGCCGGCACUGAUGCGGACGGCGAGGGCGAGGUUGAAAGGGCGGUUGCAGCGCUGGUUGCGGAGAUCUCCGCUGCGGACGCCGGUAGCGCCGGUGGCAGCGCAGCGCCGGUGGGCCACGACGCACCUGGCGGUCCGGCCUCAUCCGAUCCCAACACCGGUGACGGCGAGGCGCAGGUGAGCCAGGAGGGUGCCUCCGCUGCGCUGCAGGAGGCGCUGGAGGCCGCCCGGCAGCGGGUAUCGCAGCUGGAGUGGCGGGUUUCGGAGCUGGAGUCGGAGCUGGAGGAGGCGCACGAGGCCGCCAUGGAGGCGGGUGACGCGCGCGACCGCUGCGAGCUGCUGCAGGAGGCCUGUAGGACGCUGCGGGGGCAGCUGGAGCAGGCACAGCAGCAGGAGCAGGCGCAGCAGGCGGCGGCGUCGGCGGAUGCGGAGGGCUUGCGCUUGCGGGUGGCGGAGUUGGAGGCGGCGGUGGAGGAGGCGCGCAGCACCGCGGCGGCGGCAACGGAGCAGGGUGAGGCUACGGCGGCGCAGUUGCGGGAAAUGGAGUCGAGGCUGGAGGAGGCGCGGGUGGCGGCAUCGCAGGCCGAGGGUCGGGCGGCUGAAGCAGAGGCGGCGGCUGAUGCGCUGAGGCAGCAACUGGCAGUUGCCUCCUCAGGCGCAUCAGAGCAGGUUCGGGCGUUGCAGGAACUGCUAGAGCGAGCAACAGCGGAACGUCAGACUGCGGUUACCGAGGCUGCCACUUCCGCAGGCGAGGUGGCAGCCCUGCAGGUGCAGCUGGAGCAGCUGCGAGCGACCGCUGACAGCGCCUCGGAGCGCGAGGCUGCACUUGCAGAGCAGCUGCGCGCGCUGCGGGAGGGCGCGGAUGAGGUCGCUAGGGUGCGUGCAGUGGAGGGUGAGGCGGCAGCCCGGCUGCAGCGGCGCUGUGAGGAGUUGGAGGCCGAGCUGAGCUCCUCUCAGGCGGCCCUGAGCGGGGCGGCCGCGCAGGUGGAGGAGCUGCAGUCGUCCCUGAGGCAGCUGCGGGAGGCCGCCGAGCAGCAGGGCGCUGAGCUGGGGCAGGAGCGGGAGCGGCUGGCGGUGGCGGCGCAGCGGGUGUCGCAGCUGGAGUGGCAGCUGGCGGAGGCGACGGCGGCGGUUGGGCGCGGCGAGGAGGCCGCAGCGCUCGCUGAGCAGGUGGCGGCACUGGGACAGCGGUGUGCGCAGCUUGAGGCCGAGCUGUCCCGUGGGUCGGCCGAGCUUUCCCGUGUCCGUACCGAGAAUGAGGAGCUGGAGGGUCGCUGCCUGGGGCUUGACGCGCUGGGUCAGCAGCAGAGGGAGCAGCUGCAGCAGCAGGGCCAGCAGAUGCAGCGCUUACAGGAGCACCUGCAGGGCCUGCAGGCCCAGCUGGCGGAGGGCGCCGCCGCCUCGCGCUCGCUGCUGGAGGCGCAUGCGGAGGUGGAGCAGCUGCGGCGGCGGUUGGAGGAGGCGGGCGUGCAGGCGGCUGCAGCCGCACAGCGCUCGCAGACCCUGGAGGCGCAGCUGCGGGAGCACCAGGAGCACCUGCGGGCCGCGCAGGCGCAGGUGCAGCACCUGCAGCAGCAGCUGGAGGCGCGAGGGUCGCAAGGGCUGGCGGCGCAGCAGCAGCAAGAGGCGCAGCAGCAACUGGCGGCCAUGAGGGCGGCUUACGAGCAGCUGCAGCAGCAGCAUGCUUCGGCAGGGGCUGAGGUGGAGAGGCUGAGGGCGGCAGUGGCUGCGGGCGCUGCUGGUGGUAGUGGUGAGAGUACGGCAGCGGCAACUGCAGCAGCGGCUGCAGCGACUCAGGAGGUGCGGCGGCAGCUGUUGGAGCUGCAGAGCGAGAGAACAACGUUGAUAGCCAGGGCCAGCCAGGUGGAGGGGCUGCAGGCGGAGGUGGAGCAGCUGCGGCAGGCGCGCAGCCAGCUGGAGGUGGCCCUGCGGGUGGAGCAGCGGCGGGUGCAGGAGUGGUUCGCGGCGCAGCAGGGCGGGCCAGCGGGCGGACACCUGCCGGGGGCGGGAGGCGCCAGCAGCACCACCAGCCCUGCGCGCAACGCGGCGGCGGCGGCGGACAAGAAGCAUGACGAGAUGGCGUCGCAACUCGCGGGGGUGUACGACCCGGAGAGUGCCGUACUGCAGGGUGCCUCCACCACGUUCCAGCCCAUCUCCGGACUGCUGCGAGGCAACUGCCCGCCCGUCGCCUCGAGUGCCCUGCUGGCCGCUGCGCGCCUGCACGACAAGCUGACGGUGGCGCUGUACUGCCGGCCCACCGCGCGGCUGCUGUUCAGCGCGUAUCUGCUGCUGCUGCAUGUGCUGGUGCUGCUGUGAGGGGCGGAGGGGGUGCCGCGGUGUGAGGAGCGCGAAAGGUGUUUGCGGGGUAGGAGCGUGGGAGCCGUUGUAAGGCGGAGGAGGAGGCUAGAGGAGCCGGGGAGAAUGUAGUUGGCGAAGAGGAGUGGGCGUUCCCGUUGGGGGGGCGGAUUGGAUGGACGAGUAGACUACGGUAGCAUGCGGAGGCAGGAAGGGGCAAUGAUGGGUUGGGUGCUCGCGUGCGGUGCCCAUGCAUAUAUUUAGGGAACAUCCUUGUCCGGUAGGGCGUACCCGACCGCGAUGCAGGUUGUAUGCAAGAAGGAAGUGUACACGUAAGCAGCAUUGCAGCAAGUUAUGAACAGUUAUAAACCUUAGCAACGAAGGGCUUAUUUAGGGCCUGCUUUUGUAAGCCACAUGGUAGCAUAUGUCCCUAAUGUAUUCUCUGAUGUACUAGUGCGAAGGGCUCUUGCUAUUCAGGACACAAUAUUUUUGAUGGGGCCAUCCUAAGCAGACUUACACCGUAC